CAGCUAAAUAUGGAACGCCCGCUGUGGCAAUCUUGUGAGUUAAGGCUGGGAUUCAAACUAACUUACUUACCUGGUUUGAGAUUCCUAUUCGCUCCCCAACUUUCUGGAUAACUAUUCCAUUGAGGAUCCGAAAAAAUGUCGAAGCAAACCGGGUUUGCGCCGUUCUGACCAGAUAAAAAUGGCGGGGGAAAGGAAAGUAUUCGGCUACCCCUCUUCAGAUAUCAUUUUUAUAUCCCUUCUCUUCUUUCUUUUCUGUUUUUCUUUUCUUUUGCUGCCGUUGAUGUCAGAUGUAUAUUUCAAUCCGUGCUUCCGCCCAAUUUUCAGCUCUUCUUUGACUUGCUAUCCUAUCAAUAUCAGACUGGUUUUAACAAUAGGGAUAUGUACCUAUCUUGAUCGCUAAAGUUAUAAUGAACGACACAACAUUAGUAAACCCUUCCCAUACAGGCUCUUAAUCUUGUAUAAACAUAUCUGCCGUUCAGCUGUCGUUCAAACCUUCCCCCUAAACGAGUGCGAGCGCGCAUACAUGCCCCGCCCCUUGCGAGCGGGUGAUGCUGUCGCCGAAUUCAAUUCCACGGCACCUCCGCCGACCGGGCGAUGAUGGAUAUCGCACGCCUACAAUCGAGGAUGUCGAGGAAGUCGACUCCGAAUUCCCAUUCCCAGAGCAAUUGCUCUGCGUCCCAACAUCGCAGUCAGACAUUCCCGUUUCUCCCGUCCUUGAACGGCUUCGCUCCCGCGCAUCCCAACGGACCAAUACUUCGAGAAACAGCGCCGCACACGAUGCCACGGCCGCUGGGACAGAACUUAAUGAGGUUAAGUCGGACAACGGGGCCAACGGCUUCAAUAGUUUCGAUGACGAUGUUUCUUCGUUACUGGAGCUGUCCUGGAAAGAAAGAAUUCGACAUUUUACAUGGGCUUUUUUCACGCUUACGAUGGCGACUGGGGGGUUGGCAAAUGUGGUAUAUUUUAUUCCAUACCGCUUCCCCGGCCUGGAUAAAAUAGGCAUCGUAAUAAUGCUCAUCAAUAUUGUCUUGUACUGCUGCAUCUGGGGCCUGCUUCUCACGCGGUUCUAUCAUUACCCAUAUACAUUCAAAGCAUCCUUCAUGCAUCCCACGGAGUCUCUAUUCGUUCCUGCGGCGAUCGUCUCGUUCGGAACCAUUCUCAUCAACAUCUCACAAUAUGGCCCUCCAAGAACUGGUGAAUGGCUGGAUACGACUACCUGGAUCCUAUUCUGGUUCAACGCUACUCUGGCCGUGAUGUUUUCCGCCGGCAUAUACCUGACCAUAUGGUCAACACAAACCUUCACAAUCGCCCAAAUGACACCCAUAUGGAUAUUUCCCGCGUACCCGAUGCUGAUCAUCGGAUCACACGCCGCCGUUUUAAGCGGCACAUUAUCCCAGAGACGGGCUCUCCACAUCAUAGUCGGCGGCACAACCAUCCAGGGCGUCGGCUUCCUCGUCUCAUUGACAGUGUACUCAGCAUUCAUAUACAGGCUGAUGACGCAGAAGCUGCCCAAAGAAAACCUGCGGCCGGGUAUGUUUGUCUCCGUGGGGCCGAGCGCGUUCACGGUUGCUGGCUUGGUGGGCAUGGCGAGCAAUGCGGAACGGGCGUUCCCGCCGCAUUUCAUGGGUGAUGGCCCAUUGGCGGCAAUGGUUAUUCGGUUCGUGGCGAAUUUUGCCGCGUUGUGGCUUUGGGGUCUCGCUAUCUUCUUCUUCAUCAUCGCUACCUUCGGCCAUUGGUCAGCCGUCAGCCGCGGUCGCAUGAUCUUCUCCAUGACCUGGUACUCAUUCGUCUUCCCCAACACGGCGCUGGUGACAGCCACCUUCGCCAUCGGCAAGGCAUUCGAAUGUCCGGAGAUCGAGAUCGCAGGCUGUGUGAUGACCGUGUUGCUACUGAUGAUUUAUUGUUUUGUCACGGCCAUGAUGGUCCGGGCAGUGGUGUUGCGCCAUAUUUUGUGGCCGCGGAAGGGAGAGGAUAAGGAUGAGGGUGGAUUUAAGAUUAGGGAGAUUCAACCUGCUGUGCCGCCAAUGGUGAGUGGGUGAGUUACUGGUAGUCAAUUGUUGGGACUGAGAGGAGGUUGGCAAGUUUUGGUUGGAAUAUUUUCUUUUUUGAGGCUUUUUUGAAGUAGAUUAUCUGAUUCUGUGAUACCCCCUUACGACCUUGAUUUACUUUGUUGCUUUCUCUUGACCUGCCUUCUUGGUUAGUUAUAUAUACAUAUGUGUGUGUAUUUUUUAUGAUCUUCUGUUGAAUAUAUGGAGACAAAACAGGCGGAGGGAAAAAUUGCGAUGCAAAUACAACCAAAGAUAUAAUCCAUCACAACAUUUAGCAUCGGCAUCGGGGAAUAUAGAAUAUGCAAAAUUUAAAUAGAAAUUGGCUUCAUCACGUCAAAAAAACAAAUGCCAGAUCAUACCCCUAAAC